GUUCAUCGCUCACUGCAACACUCGACUGUCUCCCUCUUAGCUCCCUACGAUCGCACGAAACAUCAAACGACAGCCGCCUCCGAAAUUACAACAGCAGAGGAGGAGGAAAUUAAGUAAAGUAAGCCAAGAUCAUGGGCGCUUAUAUCCAGCGAGGCGCCACCGUCGACGUCGCGAGUCCUGCAGACUGACCCUCUGUACAUCCACACGACUCACACUCACGAGCACCUAGAGCAGAACACGGACACCGAUAAGUCGAUCGAACCGCGUGCAUGCGAGGCCUAUAAAAAGAGUACAUCUGCUGUAGAAGAGCCCUCGCCGACUCAUCCUCUUCCGAUACACCCGCCAUCUACAUUUCACUGGUCAUCGAGAAACACUAGCCCUCUCAGCAUAUACCAACUAGCGUCACUAGUAUGCCAUUGGGCUGGCGCUUUGAAGACAUCAUCGAGUUCAUGCACGACGUCGCUUCGGGCCGAGAGCUACGUACAAUGCUUGACACUACCUCUCGCACCGAGUCGGGUGAGCAGCUACCCUUGCAUUUGCACUCUUCUAAGGGCGACUGUCAAUGGGACCCGACAAACAUCAUGAUCUACGUGCAUCGUCUGAGCGCAGGAGCCACGACGGAGAUGCUCCGUUGCGCGGACACUUCUACGAACGACGUGGUAUGCAAAGUGGCGUCGACGGAAUUAGGCAGGAAGUCGUUGGUGAACGAGGCAAGGAUAUACGAGGAUCCGCGAGUUCUUCACCUUCAAGGGAAAGAGAUUCCCAUGUUCUACGGUCUAUUCGAGGCCAGAACACCGGUCCAACGUUGCGGAGAUUCCACGGAUACCACUCAUAUCAUGUGUCUCGUGCUCGAGAAAUGUGGUAGCACUAUCGGCGCCGACGAUGACAAGGACGCAUUGUUGGUGCAGACUCCGGAGUUCCGGUUAGCGACAGCACGAGCGUAUUGGACUUUACACCAAUGCGGUAUAAGAAAGGAGUCACCCUAUGAGCUCUCUAAGCUCUUCAGGCCCAGCAACAUACUCAUCAGGGAGGAUGGAUCUCCUUGUAUCAUUGACUUCGCCCGUGCCAGCAAACAUAUUUGCCCAUGCGGAGUGAACAUUCACCCUGCUGAAAAAUGGUACAUAGUAAAGGGCUGCGAUGAACUCGGAUUUAUUUGUGACUAUGCGAGGAUCUGGCCGCCCAGAUUUGCGUACAUCACAAAUAAUGACGGAGAUAUAGUGUACCAAUGGCAUUAUCUUCGCGAUCAGGCUGCGGAAGACUAUGACCUCGAGGAACUAGGGCUGGAGGACUUGGAGCCAAACGUCGCCUUAGAGAUGGUGCAAGCUGCGCUCGAGAAAUGUGAAGCACGCUGGGUGAAGUGGGAAACGGAUUUUGCGUAUGCGUUUGCGACCUGGCAGGCGUAGGGGAUAGUUGUGGCAAGUCACGGUACAACGCCUGUACUUAGCCCGAGACAAUAUUGCCUUCAAUCGGGGCAUGGCUCUGCAUACAAUGAUGUUCGAAUUCACGAC